CUGAAUCCCUCGAGUAUUCAUCGCCGGCGCAGCGCGGUCUCUUCCCUUCGCUGGAGAAGGGGGAAGGGGACACGAACGGAGCAGAAGGCCAUGGACACGAUGCGGGGCGCGCUGGAGCGGGCCAAGAUGCUGGUGGGCAUGGAGGUCGACGAGGAGUCCGCGUUGCCACCGCCCGAGGAGCAGUCCUUCUUCGACGACAUCAAUCGGCACUGCACCCUCAACACCACUCAGAGGCUCUAUGGUUUCGCGAUAUGCUUGGCUGCCGGACUGACGUGCACAUUCUUGUCAAUGCUUGUCUUCUUCAAUCCAGUGAAAUUUGGGGUAGCAUUCACCCUUGGCAAUUUGAUGGCCCUUGGAAGUACAGCAUUUCUCAUAGGCCCCAAAAGACAGUUUGAUAUGAUGCUUGAUUCUGUGCGAAUAUAUGCCACUGCUAUAUAUAUUGCAAGCAUCAUAAUUGCUCUAUUCUGUGCUAUCUACGUUCGCAGCAAGCUGCUGACUCUAGUGGCCAUCAUUUUGGAAUUUGGUGCCCUUAUUUGGUACAGCCUUAGCUACAUACCUUUCGCAAGGUCGAUUGUGUCGAAGGUGAUGACAUCGUGCUUCGACACUGAUUUCUAGACCAAUCUUCAUUGCCUAUGUCUUUCACUGUGGGGCGAGUAGAUAUUGUAAUCUAGUGACAAGUGAAGAGGAAGUGGCAGUGACCUUAAAUUACCCCUCCAACAGGCUCUUGUUGUAAUCAUCGUGAAUCGAGCUGUGCAUUUUAUGCUAAGACUAGAAGAUCGUGUUG